GUCGCCUAGUGAGGGCACGGGGCGGGGCCUCGGGCCGAUCGGAUUUGUGGGAGACAUCCGCUUCCGGGGCCGCGGCCAUCGCAGCCCUCAGCUCGGCGGGCGCGCACGGCUGUACGCAGGAGCUGACCCCGGCCCGUACUGUCCCUGAGUCCCGGCACCCCUCGCCCCGCUUUCCGCCUCCUGAGCCAGUCAUGUUGGAACAUCUGAGCUCGCUGCCCACGCAAAUGGAUUACAAGGGCCAGAAGCUAGCUGAACAGAUGUUUCAGGGAAUUAUUCUUUUUUCUGCAAUAGUUGGAUUUAUCUACGGGUACGUGGCUGAACAGUUCGGGUGGACUGUCUAUAUAGUCAUGGCGGGAUUUGCUUUUUCGUGUUUGCUGACACUUCCUCCGUGGCCCAUUUAUCGCCGGCACCCCCUGAAGUGGUUACCUGUUCAAGACUCAGGCACAGAAGACAAGAAACCAGGAGAAAGAAAAAUUAAGAGGCAUGCUAAAAAUAACUGACUGGGGUUUUCAUGAUUCAUCUUUACUACUGCACCUGCUUUUGUUUCAUGUGACAUGAGCUAAAUUGUUUUCAUAUCCAAAACAUGAGCUACCACACCUAUGCUCAGCUGUGUAUAGAUUUCGCUUUCUCUAUAGUUCACUUCUCUGUUGGGUUUUGAUUUAUAAAUAUUUUAGACGUUCUCUUCACAAUCCUUCUCUGAAAUGGAGAACAGAAAACACAAGUAUGCAAAGUUUCUUUCAAGUCUACAAAAAAAUGAAGAAUAAAAGCCUCAUAAAUGAUAAUACAAUUUAACUAUCAAAGUUUUAUAAUUCAUUAUGAAUAGUCGGGCUGUUUUAAUGUUUUCAAUUAAAAUUCACAGUGCAA